AUGGAAAAUUUAUUCGGAAGUAGACCUAUUUCUAUCUCGGCGUUGAAAGACUUCUCGAAACUGUGAGUGUUAUAACGUAAGCUUACAAUGUCUGAGCAAGUGUUUCAAAUUAACUUUAUUUCGUCAACAAGACUUGUAUAAGUUCGAAUGCUUUUCGUAGUUUUAAAGCGGUUGAGAUACUAGUAGGCUUUGUUACACAAAAUGUCGGUGAUAAACCCGACACAUUGGAGCUGUAGGGGCAGGUGGCGAAAUAUGUCAUUCCGCUUUCGUUUUGAAAUUUAGGCUUUAAAAAUUAAAAUUUAAUUUACUAUAGUUGUUGCUUCAGGAAACGAUAUGAUUUUGAAUAUUUUAGGAUAUAAUGUAUGUUCAAGAUCUUACGAACUAUCACUGUCUGAUCUCGUGAGAUGAUAUUGGAAGCUUAAACGUGAAAUAAAUUAAAUCUACUUCGGUUAGGGUUUGUUUCGCCCAUAGUUAACUUGAGAACUGCUCAAAACAAAGUCGAAACAGGAACGCUGCGGGAAGAGAAGAAAUAAACCUUUGCUAGCCGUGUAAUUAUUUAGAAUAUAGUAGUAGUAAAUAAAUGUGGUUAGCUUUUAAUAAAAGGUGUAAACAAAAGUAAAAAGCAAGGUAAAAAUGGUGGGAAGUUGACUUUCAUGUAGUGGUAUAAAGUUCCUAAAAAGUACUUGUUUACAAUGUUAGGUAGUACAGCAUUGUCAUUUCAUGUGUGAACCUAAUUGCUUACAAAUAAGAAUACUAUUAUAAAACUGUACCCGCACACAUUUCUGCAUUUUUUCUUUUGUUAGCAUUUAGUUACCCCACAGAAAGACCAUCUUUCAAGUUUUGGAAAAAGGGAGAAUUCUUAUUAUUUAAAGAUUCAGUCUGCUCUUAUUGGCUGAUGAAACUCUUAGGGCUGCAAUGUUUUCAAAUUGUAAAAAGUAAGACAUUAUGUCUGCCUGGGCGCAGCUCUGCAUCUUGAAACCACUGGUUUGAGAUAAUCUAUUAUUGAUGGUGAGGUUUCCUAUUUGCAGUGAUCAAUCAACACGAAGUCAUCUUAGGAAUGUGUAUGCCUGCUUGUCUUUGUCAAUGUUAGCUGCAGCAUUUGGAAGUGGAGUCCACCUUUUUACAGAUAUUUUGAAGGUAUAUUUUAUUUUACAGUUACUUGUACAUAGAGGAAACCAUGAUUGCUUGAAUAUAUUGGGAAUGUCAGUCCUGUUAUAACAAAUCAAUUUGGAGAUCAGGACACAGCAGCAAUCUGCAAAACCACAAAUAAAAUUUCCAUUUUUGUUUGUGGUAUCCCAAUGAUCUAGUUAUUUCAUAAGUUAAUUGGGACAAACCAGCUUUUUCACUGCUCUCUAAUAACGUUCUAGAAGUACAAAUGCAACCUUGUUGUGCAAAGGUUUUGCAGUUUGGCAGUUGUCAUGACUACUGAAGAAAAAUGUUGACAACUUUUUCAUUUGUUGUUCACUGUCAAGUUAUUAUUAAUGAACUAACAAUAAAAUUCUUAACAGAAAUAGAUCAAAGGCUCCUGUGAGCCUUCUCGUGGAUGAAUUGGAUCAGUGUAGAAAAGUCAGUUCAAUAGUCAACAAGACCCCAACAAUGGGGUGCAUUGGUUCGCCGGUGUACAUGACUUUUACAGUCAGGGCUGUUUAGUAACUUCUACUAGUGAACAAAAAUAGGCAAGCUAGCCAAUAACGAGACCAGUUUGAUCUAACCGGAAAUUGCAAAAAAUUAUUGUUUUCAUUCUGCACUUAUGAAAUGUGACAGGGAAACUUUUGGCAAUUUUAAAAUGCUGUUAUAUGUGACCCUCCACGGGAAAACGUACACUAACGACCUUCCGUUAAACGGGCUAAACCGUUAGCUAUCCGUUAGUCAUCCGUUAGAAAAAUUGAUGAAAACCGUUAGUAGCGUUGGUGAAUCCGUUAGCUGGUGACUCUUGCCCGUCAGAGCGUUAAUCAUAUCCGUUAGUGGCGUUGGUUAAUCCGUUAGCACCCGAUCCUUGCCCGUUAGAGCGUUAGCCGUAUCCGUUCCUUAGUCAAUCCGUUAGUCUGAUGAUCUUUACUCGUUAGAAAACUUAGCGACAACUAACAUUAUGAGUAAUUGUUUAUUUGGCAUGUGUUGCCGAGCGUGAAUUUGUGGCGUCACGAGAAAAAAGAAUGUGGUAUCCCUGGUUCUACAAGGCGCACCAAGUCGAUUGAAACGGCAAAUGAACAAAUUUUUUGAAUGGAGAAUUAUCACCCAAGCUGUUCGAACGGCUUCCUACCAUAUUCUCUUCAACGCCCCCCACUGCAUAAUUCCGUUCCUUAAGUUAACCCAUAAAGCGGUUCGAAUACUUUGAUAUGCUGACUUCAGUUCUCAGCUUAUCAAAGAAAUUUGCAUAAAGUAUGUGAACAUGAAGUGUCAAUCAACCGGAGAUAAAUAGUUUUUUUUUGACAAUAAAUUUAGAUAAACGUUGUGUGAUCGAUACACAGCCGCGUGCUGGAAAAAGUUAUUUUGAAGAGAAAAAAAUAGAGUUGGAUUAUGUGUGACUUUCGUGGCGCACUGGUUAUGUAUUUAAUUUGCGAAUCCUCGCUUCCCAGUUCGAUUCCUAGCUGUGGUGCCGGUGCUAGCGGCGCGUCUAGUUUUUUUUUUCUUUUUUCUAGAUUAGUAAAGUGCAUUUGAGCCAUCUUUUCCCCUUGUUCUUGUUUGGAAGUAAAAUACUGUAAAUCCUCUAUCAAGCGCUACAGACCCAGCAGCAAAAAGCCGCAAAAGUAUUAAAUUUGCAUAGAAGACUCUCGCAAAAUAAAUUGCCGUGCUUCGCCGGACGCGCUAUACCCUUGUCAGAGCAUUAGACUACAAUAGCAUUAGUUACAGUUUUUAAAAGAAACUAUAACUAAACAAUCUGUAAAUAAACCAUCCGUUUUGAAAGAGAAUAUUGUAAUGCUAUUUUGAGAAGCGGUAUAAACAUAUGUCAUUCCCGACCCCCUUCCCUUCCUUGAAUUUCGAACGCACUUCCUUGGGUCGUCACGCAACGCUUCCGCUGCUCUUCAUUCCCGGUGGAUCAAAUGUCAACAAAAAUUUCCAUAAAGUUGUUUAGUUCGAAUGUCAGUGAGCGAGAGUCGACUAAUAUUAUUUUAAUUUUCCACCAAACUCAAAGUUCCACUGAUGCAUUUUUGGAAUAAGAUAACUAAGAUGGAUUGAGAUAACCUGCCAGACAUUCGCUGUAGUUGGUAAGCGGAUUCUCAACAAGAGACGCUUUUGACUGUCGGCCGCAGUUGUUUAUAGCCUGUGCCAGGCACUCGCGCGUUUUUCGCAUUUCUUAUUACUGAACGACUUUCCACCACCAUCUCGGAGCCUGGAACAGGCUAAGUUGUUUAUUGAUGGUGGUCUGGUGCCGCUUUUUCGCUCGAUUACGACUCCGUUUUUCGGCUUGUUUCGUUAGGGACAAUUGCCAAUGUCACGUAGAAAACAAAGAGGAAUGGAGAAUUGAAUGUUAUUAUCAGUUUUAGCCGUUGCAAAAUCACGCUUUCUUUCUUUGAUCGACCGUUAAACUAAAGACUUCGCUAAAAGGCAAGAGAUAAUACGUGACCGAUUCGAUUCAUUUCAUUCUGAUUCAAUUUCCGCAGUUCAUGUGUUAUUUCAUUAUUAUACAUCAUUCACAACUUAUGAUCCGUUUAUUUUAUAGAAUUAAGACUUUAGUGGUGAUCAGUCACUAGAACUUUAGUAUAAACCGUUAGAACGUUAACGUAAACCGUUGGAGCGUUAGAGCGGACCGUUGGACCGUUAGGACAACCCGUUAGAGCGUUAAGACAAACCGUUAGAAGGCCAGGGCCGAGCGUUAGAACGUUAGUACAAAGCAUUAGAAUGACUUCAGAGCCGUUAGCAAUCCAUUAAGUAUCCGUUAGUUUUCUAACGUUUAACGGAAGGUCGUUAGUGUACGUUUUCCCGUGGAGGGUCACAUAUAGCAGUAAUUUUCUGUUCUUAAAACGUGCAAAGCAAAUAAAGUUUUAAUUUUCUUUCUGUCUGAUAUUGCAUUCAAAGGUCUUCUUACUAUCCAGGUGAAUAUGUUUCUAUUUGACUGGGAGAGCUACAAAAUAAUAUAAACACUUCCAUCUUUCCAAGGAGUGACUUUUCACACUAAGGGAGAGAAUUGAAAUAACAUCAGAGAGAAAUUUGUUGUCACAUUUUGGGAGAGAAGGCACUUAGGGUUCUUUGGCUUACACUGUAUUAGCUUUUCACUGAACUAACUCCCAUCUUCACGCUGCGAUUGUAACGCAAUGGCUCUUUUACACUCAAUCGGUCUCAUCAACUCCAUUUUAUCGGGCAAAAUAUGUACUAGUACUUCAAACAUAUGUGCAUGGAGCACUUGGAACAAAAGCAAUACUUAGUAGGGGAGGUAGGAGUGAAAUGUUUCAUGCAAGUUUAAUGAAUAAAUUAAUGGGAGUCAAGUGAGUGAGCGAUCAAGUGCCAUUUGAGGGCCUUCAAUAACCAGUGUUCCAGAUAAGAGAUGGGUCUCAGGUCAAUGACCUGACUAAGAAGGCUUCCUGACCCAACACAAAUAAGGUAUAAAAUAAUGUUAAGUUAAAUAUUAUGAAGACAAAAAUAAGCAUGGGUCUUAGUGACCCUCAGAUUGUCUUCAUGACCCCUCGCUUGAAAGAAUUAACUGGAGCACUGAAUAGCUCAUGAAAUGACUGCAUCAUCCUGACUACAGGCAUUCUCUGUCUCUUUCUCUGUUAUUUACUCACCAUUUUCCUUGCUUUCCUUUCAUUUCUUUUCACUCUGUUUUUCAAUUCACUCUGCUCCCCAAUAUGUGAGUGGCUGGAACAGGCUAGCUAGAGUGCUGUACGAAAAAACAACAACAACAGCUAGCACUUUUCACAGUUUUUGCAUCUGUAGAUUGUGGAAGAACCACUAGGAAUGUACUAAUCUCUGGCAGUUUUUACGUGUACAUGUACAUGUACAUGUAUCUUUGAUGGGUUGGGGGAAUGGGUAGGCGUGGCACCAGGCAUUGGAUCCAUUAUUUUGUUGCUAUCCCCUCUGGGUGCACUGUAGGUCUUUGGCAGUAAAGCUGAGAAAUAACAUUUAGUCAAGUACCAUUGUAAGUAAAAUUAAGACAUGGUAAACGUGCAGCGUGCAACCGUGGAGUUAUGGAUGCACGCGGGAGGUUGCUAAGCACGAAAGAAGCAUAAGAGUCGACUCUAGCUUCUUGAGUGCUUAGCAAACCUCCCAAGUGCAUCCAUAACUCCAUGGUUGCACAGCUGCAACGUUUACUAUUUCUUUUAUGAACAACCCCUUAUGAGUUUCUGCUAAAACUAAAUGAAUGAAAUAAUUAUCAAGCUUAUUUAUGUGACAAUUCUUGAAAUAAACGUAAAGUAGAAAUGCGAAAAUUUGACUGUAAUUCCUUUAGAAUAACAGGUAACACUAAUUUUAAAAAGCUUUGUAUCGAAAUCUGUCUGGGGAAAUCAAGCUAUGAAAGUGAACUGAAAGCAACUGAAAUUUGCUGACACACAGCCGGCGCUGAAGCUGUUGGUUUUCAACCGUUCUCUGAACGACUGUUAUGAAUGAACACUGAAGAACAAAAUAAUACACACAGAAAUUACUGUUUGAAAAAUUUAUUUGAAAACCCAAAUGUUUCUGUACUCAAAUGAAAUUUGCUUUUUCCACCGUAAUGUGCCCGUUUAAACUCAACUAAAAUUUUUAUUCGAUGUGAUGAAAACUUCACAACAAAGCUGUCUCGAAUUUGAGCGUGUUUCUUAAAAUAUUUGCUUGACUUUAGCAUCAGCUUGACCAAAAAGUCAAUAGCACAAUGCUAAUUGAUAAAUUUACAUUUCAAACAGACUUUCUCUUCUAUAAAAAAACACACAAAAUUUACCUUAAAUCUUCGCUCGCUCGAUUUUCCUUCAGCCGAUUCUAGCCGCGAGGAAAACAGUGAUUAAUUCAUCCAGGGCAAAUUUGUUGCUUGAUCUUUUGUCUUUUUUCCUUCAAAAUGACAGCUUAGUAUUUUCUUCAACUUCCACUUUUCAUCUGUGCAUUUCACCGGUGUAUUUUACCAUUAGGAGAGGAGAUUUGUUGAAUUUGCUUAAAUUUUACUUCACUAGCUCAGUUUCUUGGCAUGCACUCAUGGGCAAAUGGUAGUGGCUAACUGACCAAUCAGAGCGCGCGAAUUACUUUUGUUAUGUUAUAAUGAAUUAAAUUACCUCAUGCAAUUUUCAGAUCUCUGCACUCUAUACUUUUUCUUGUCAUAGGCAAAGAGCAGAGUUUGCAUCUGCAGCAUUCAUGUACAAAGUAUGUGUAUUGAUAGAAAUUUUGGUUUUGAAGGGUGGUUUUUUGUCUGCCAUUGCAUCCAUUGGGCUUCUGAUUGCUCUUGCUGUGACUCCACAUGAUGGAAAAAAUCAGUCAAAAAGAAUGGGUAAGUGAUUAUUUGGUUUGUCACAAAAAGUAUUUUUUUCCAGCCAAAAGAUCUCACUUAGACUACUUACUUUUACACACCUCAUCUCAAAAAAAAUCAAAUUUAUGAGGGAGCCUGAUGAUACUCUCAUAUACUUCUACUUUAAGUCCAUUGACAAGAGAAAGUUUGAUAAUGUUGUUUUGAGUCUGAGAAAGACUGAUAAUUGUGAUCUAACCAUAAUAAGAUCCACUCCAGCGGUACUUAGGUAUUAUACCACUCGUUUUAAGUACAUGUAAAUGCCACUUAUGUAGUUUUUGUUUCUGGAUUUUAACUGUUGGCACUAUUGGCAAUAAACAGGUUAAGUAAUAAUGUGCUCCCCAGAUCAACUGCAGGCUCUGAAUAAACAGCCCUACAAUACCUUUUUACCUACUAAAUCAUAGCCUGCAGUGCAGGCGUUUUCUUUGAGCACGCAAUUUGCUAGUGAAAGCGCCAUGUUGAAACUUCCCAAAGAGAGGAGGAGAUGGGGCGAGUCAAAGGGAGCGGGGAGGGGGCGGAGAGAGAGAAGAGAAAACACCUGCCCGAAAACACUGAAAAUGAGAAACACCCCCUGAUUAGACGCGCGUGACCGCUCUACCGGAAAUGAGUUGCCGACAAUAACAAAACAACCAAACAGUCGCUCCAGUCCAAAGACUCUCGUUGUCUUAAGAAAAACAAGCUCGAGUUUAUCAUUGUUUUUGUCUUGACUGAGUCACAAUGCAAUUCUCCAGAGCUGAUGAAGCUUCAGUUUAAGCUGCAAUUCAUUCUUCUAAAGUCAUCUCUGUAAAUCACUAUCCCUGAGAGUUUAACAUCCUGCAAACAAUUUAAAAAACUAACGAGCUGGGCUUAGCGUGAUACACAGGAUACAACAUUGCAGGAAGACAUCACUCCCGGACUAGAAAGAAAAUCGCUUAAUUAGUCAGAUCCUGAGGCACUUUGGACAAAAAUAAAGAACCUAGCAGCCUAAUUUAGCGACAAAAAGAGCUUUAUAUUUCAAAAGAGGUCAAAGAAAGCGCUCUUGCAGCAGAGGGCAAAUCAUGUAGACCAGAAAUUCAAAAACCACAGAAAAUCAAUAAGCGUGUCAUGACCUCUCAGUGUGAAACAAGCGGCUAAAAUCACUUGCUCAGUCAAAACAUAGAACCAUCUAGUGCAUAAUCUACUCGCCAGAAAAAAAAAAACGUAUUGGAACAAGCAGCAUUUUGGCAUGAGGUAGAAGUGGUGUAGGUUUCAGUAAUGCGAGCAAAUCUUGUCCUGAUGACCAGUGUAGAAAUCGCUUUGACUUUCUCAUUGCGUAAUUCCAAAAGACUGACGGAAACGGAAUAAACAAUAUAGACUUACUGACAGGCAUCAAUCUACUUCCCUAUGCCGCACCAAUCAGGGCCUCCGUUUGCCAGCGUCGGAGUUUCCCAAAAGAACAAUGAUAUUGGGCAGGCGUAUUUUUUUUCUCCCCUCCCCCUCCCCUCUUUCCUUCUUUCGCCCUCGCACCUACCGUAAGGGUUACUAUUUCUACUCUCCCCAAUCUUACACUGUCAUAAAAUCAAAGAUGGCGGCUACAACAAUAUUACGAACACAAGCAAGGUUUCGGCCACGCAAAAUACGCCUGCACUGCAGGCUAACUAAAUCAUAAAUAAUUUUAAUAAACUUAGUCUUUCUGGUCUUGAUCUUGGGCAUACCCAGGAGUGAAAAAGGAAAUACAACAUGUAUUAACACCUUUUGCUUUUGCUCUUUUAGGAUUUCUCAUGGGAUUUGCAUUUUGCACAGGUAAGGUACUGACCCCAGUUGUUCAAAAGCUGGAUAACACUAUCAUUUAUCCAGUGGAUAAUGCAAUAUCGGUUUCCCUAGUACUUAUUCACUGGAUGGUUUUUUAUGCAGUGGAUAGUGCUGUCCCAUGUUUGAACAACUGGAGCCUGUACUUUAGUUGUAUAAGUUAAUGUUACAAAGGGGUAGUUUCUAAAGAAACUGUGGCAUUGUAUUGGUGAGGGAGUGAAAUACAAAAAUUUGGUUUUACCAGCUGAAGUACAGUGUAAUAAGGUAGAUUGGCUACCAUAGGGAGAUAGAAAAGCUGUUACAAGUAUGUGUUACAGGUCAAAACUAAAUUCAGGUUAAAAUAUUUUUAACCUUUUUUUAACCUAGGUUGAAUCUCAAUUUCCUUUGUCUCCUUGCCCUAAUUAUUCACGAAUUAGGGCUAGGAAACAAAGGAAAUGAGAAUCAACUGAGGUUAAAAAUUUUAACCUGAUAUAAUUUACCUGUAACAUAUGUUUCAAGCCCAACGCCUUCAUCAGAACAAAUCAGGGAAUUGUGUGGGCUAUGUGUGUUUUUUAUAGCAGAGAUUUGAGCUAUUUUAUACAUGAAAAACAAGAGUAUGUGACCUUACAUGCGAAAAUGUUCCAAUGGUACCCGUUAGAAUGGCUGAAUGCACAGCAAACAAACAGGUGAGAAACAAGUAGACAAGCUGAUCUAAAGGGGUGAGUGAGUGGCUGAACAGCUGCAGGAAACUUUUGACUGGAUGAGGUUGAAUGGCUGAAGAGCUGAAGAAAAUUUUUGAACAGCUUUUGCUCAUUCUCACUCAUUCACAAACAGGAAACAAACUUGUGAAUGAAGGCACAACAACAAUUCACGUGGUCAAGUGGGUAAGAUCAUGAAAAAAAACUGCCUGCUCCUUGAAACUCAAAGCAAAGCCAAGUGUUUAACCAUGCAGAUUUUUAAUUUACACUUUGCCUUGAAUUUUGUAAAAGUGAGUGUGUUGUCAGUGAUAAGAUAUAUGUACAAAGUGGCUUGGUAAACAGCUUAAAAAUAAUAAUCUCCACAAUUCUAUUUAAGGAUUGGGUCUUGGUCCUCUGAUGGAUCUUGUUAUCCAGAUUGAUCCCAGGUCAGUAAGUUUCUGAUGUAGUUUUUUAUUAAUGAGUUCCAUUGAGUUAGUAUAAUCAUAAUUUAAUUUCUUAGUGUUUACUGAGAUUGUGAGCCCUGCCUACAGUACAUGUAUACAGCAUACUGGAAAUGAUUGUGUCCUUGGGAUUUACUGUUUGUUAUGUUACAGUACAGUACAUUGACAUGAACAUUAUGUUAAUCUUGUCCACAGCACUCUCAAGACUCUAGUAUGUAGUAGUGAAAAAAAAAAACGUGUUUCAUAAAAUUAAACCCAAAACCAGUAUUGCUUUUUUCUUUCUGUGGUGAACAGCCAAAGAACAAACGUGAGAUUAAACUCUGAAUUCAUGUGUGCUUUGAAAGCAUAAAAUAGCAAGUUUGCAUUUAUGGGGUUUAUUUAACAAGCUAUAAAGUGAACAUCUCCUUUAUUAUCAUCAUUGUCAUCCUCAUCAUCAUUAUUGGAAGUCUUCUAAGUUGCAUUGACCAUAAAUUGAUGUUUUAUAUUUACAGCAUUAUUCCCACUGCUUUCUUUGCAACAACAUUGAUAUUUGUCUGCUUCACUCUGAGUGCCUUGUGGGCUGAGCAAAGAACUUAUCUGUACCUGGGAGGUGAGUCUACUGCGUUGUAAUGCUAAAGAUGUAACCAUCAAUCAUACUUUUUUUAACUUUGCACUUUUUUUUCUUGUUUAGGUACGUUGAUGUCUGGCUUGAGCAUUCUGUUUUGCCUGUCCCUGGUCAAUCUUUUUAUUGGAGCCCGUUUCAUUUUCCAGGUAAAGAAAAUGCACUGGUCAGUCAGUGCCUGGAGCCUUAUUUAUUGAUCCAUUAAUUUUAUUUUGUUCUUGCUGCUGCCCCUUGGUGUUUACAGGUAGUUUCUCCAGGAUCUGCCAUUUAUUCUUCACGUCUUUGUCCAUCCAACAGAGAGGCCAGCAGGUCUAACAUAGACAUGCAAUAGUGAAGUGUUAUUAUUUUAGUCUACCAAAGUUUUCUGUAGAAUUCAAACAUUAGGACAAGUCAUCUUGUUAGACUAUGUUUGACUGAGGUCAAACUGGCUUUUUAGCCAUAACCAAACUAUUUAUGGAAAGGUGCAAAAUUAUAAGUUGCAUUUUACUGCAUUUGAUUGUCAUGCUCAGUAUGGAAGCUCAUGAGAGGGGUGAAUGUAAUGCCUGUGCGUUGUAUUUUCGUAACAGCUUCAGUUGUAUGGUGGUUUGCUUCUGUUCUGUGGCUUUGUGCUGUAUGACACCCAGCUGAUUGUCCACAAGCGCAAGCAAGGAGACAAAGAUUUUGUCUGGUAAGAUCCAGAACUCACUGUAAAUCACUAUCCCUGAGAGUUUAACAUCCUGCAAACAAUUUAAAAAACUAACGAGCUGGGCUUAGCGUGAUACACAGGAUACAACAUUGCAGGAAGACAUCACUCCCGGACUAGAAAGAAAAUCGCUUAAUUAGUCAGAUCCUGAGGCACUUUGGACAAAAAUAAAGAACCUAGCAGCCUAAUUUAGCGACAAAAAGAGCUUUAUGUUUCAAAAGAGGUCAAAGAAAGCGCUCUUGCAGCAGAGGGCAAAUCAUGUAGACCAGAAAUUCAAAAACCACAGAAAAUCAAUAAGCGUGUCAUGACCUCUCAGUGUGAAACAAGCGGCUAAAAUCACUUGCUCAGUCAAAACAUAGAACCAUCUAGUGCAUAAUCUACUCGCCAGAAAAAAAAAAACGUAUUGGAACAAGCAGCAUUUUGGCAUGAGGUAGAAGUGGUGUAGGUUUCAGUAAUGCGAGCAAAUCUUGUCCUGAUGACCAGUGUAGAAAUCGCUUUGACUUUCUCAUUGCGUAAUUCCAAAAGACUGACGGAAACGGAAUAAACAAUAUAGACUUACUGACAGGCAUCAAUCUACUUCCCUAUGCCGCACCAAUCAGGGCCUCCGUUUGCCAGCGUCGGAGUUUCCCAAAAGAACAAUGAUAUUGGGCAGGCGUAUUUUUUUUCUCCCCUCCCCCUCCCCUCUUUCCUUCUUUCGCCCUCGCACCUACCGUAAGGGUUACUAUUUCUACUCUCCCCAAUCUUACACUGUCAUAAAAUCAAAGAUGGCGGCUACAACAAUAUUACGAACACAAGCAAGGUUUCGGCCACGCAAAAUACGCCUGCACUGCAGGCUAACUAAAUCAUAAAUAAUUUUAAUAAACUUAGUCUUUCUGGUCUUGAUCUUGGGCAUACCCAGGAGUGAGAAAGUAAAUACAACAUGUAUUAACACCUUUUGCUUUUGCUCUUUUAGGAUUUCUCAUGGGAUUUGCAUUUUGCACAGGUAAGGUACUGACCCCAGUUGUUCAAAAGCUGGAUAACACUAUCAUUUAUCCAGUGGAUAAUGCAAUAUCGGUUUCCCUAGUACUUAUUCACUGGAUGGUUUUUUAUGCAGUGGAUAGUGCUGUCCCAUGUUUGAACAACUGGAGCCUGUACUUUAGUUGUAUAAGUUAAUGUUACAAAGGGGUAGUUUCUAAAGAAACUGUGGCAUUGUAUUGGUGAGGGAGUGAAAUACAAAAAUUUGGUUUUACCAGCUGAAGUACAGUGUAAUAAGGUAGAUUGGCUACCAUAGGGAGAUAGAAAAGCUGUUACAAGUAUGUGUUACAGGUCAAAACUAAAUUCAGGUUAAAAUAUUUUUAACCUUUUUUUAACCUAGGUUGAAUCUCAAUUUCCUUUGUCUCCUUGCCCUAAUUAUUCACGAAUUAGGGCUAGGAAACAAAGGAAAUGAGAAUCAACUGAGGUUAAAAAUUUUAACCUGAUAUAAUUUACCUGUAACAUAUGUUUCAAGCCCAACGCCUUCAUCAGAACAAAUCAGGGAAUUGUGUGGGCUAUGUGUGUUUUUUAUAGCAGAGAUUUGAGCUAUUUUAUACAUGAAAAACAAGAGUAUGUGACCUUACAUGCGAAAAUGUUCCAAUGGUACCCGUUAGAAUGGCUGAAUGCACAGCAAACAAACAGGUGAGAAACAAGUAGACAAGCUGAUCUAAAGGGGUGAGUGAGUGGCUGAACAGCUGCAGGAAACUUUUGACUGGAUGAGGUUGAAUGGCUGAAGAGCUGAAGAAAAUUUUUGAACAGCUUUUGCUCAUUCUCACUCAUUCACAAACAGGAAACAAACUUGUGAAUGAAGGCACAACAACAAUUCACGUGGUCAAGUGGGUAAGAUCAUGAAAAAAAACUGCCUGCUCCUUGAAACUCAAAGCAAAGCCAAGUGUUUAACCAUGCAGAUUUUUAAUUUACACUUUGCCUUGAAUUUUGUAAAAGUGAGUGUGUUGUCAGUGAUAAGAUAUAUGUACAAAGUGGCUUGGUAAACAGCUUAAAAAUAAUAAUCUCCACAAUUCUAUUUAAGGAUUGGGUCUUGGUCCUCUGAUGGAUCUUGUUAUCCAGAUUGAUCCCAGGUCAGUAAGUUUCUGAUGUAGUUUUUUAUUAAUGAGUUCCAUUGAGUUAGUAUAAUCAUAAUUUAAUUUCUUAGUGUUUACUGAGAUUGUGAGCCCUGCCUACAGUACAUGUAUACAGCAUACUGGAAAUGAUUGUGUCCUUGGGAUUUACUGUUUGUUAUGUUACAGUACAGUACAUUGACAUGAACAUUAUGUUAAUCUUGUCCACAGCACUCUCAAGACUCUAGUAUGUAGUAGUGAAAAAAAAAAACGUGUUUCAUAAAAUUAAACCCAAAACCAGUAUUGCUUUUUUCUUUCUGUGGUGAACAGCCAAAGAACAAACGUGAGAUUAAACUCUGAAUUCAUGUGUGCUUUGAAAGCAUAAAAUAGCAAGUUUGCAUUUAUGGGGUUUAUUUAACAAGCUAUAAAGUGAACAUCUCCUUUAUUAUCAUCAUUGUCAUCCUCAUCAUCAUUAUUGGAAGUCUUCUAAGUUGCAUUGACCAUAAAUUGAUGUUUUAUAUUUACAGCAUUAUUCCCACUGCUUUCUUUGCAACAACAUUGAUAUUUGUCUGCUUCACUCUGAGUGCCUUGUGGGCUGAGCAAAGAACUUAUCUGUACCUGGGAGGUGAGUCUACUGCGUUGUAAUGCUAAAGAUGUAACCAUCAAUCAUACUUUUUUUAACUUUGCACUUUUUUUUCUUGUUUAGGUACGUUGAUGUCUGGCUUGAGCAUUCUGUUUUGCCUGUCCCUGGUCAAUCUUUUUAUUGGAGCCCGUUUCAUUUUCCAGGUAAAGAAAAUGCACUGGUCAGUCAGUGCCUGGAGCCUUAUUUAUUGAUCCAUUAAUUUUAUUUUGUUCUUGCUGCUGCCCCUUGGUGUUUACAGGUAGUUUCUCCAGGAUCUGCCAUUUAUUCUUCACGUCUUUGUCCAUCCAACAGAGAGGCCAGCAGGUCUAACAUAGACAUGCAAUAGUGAAGUGUUAUUAUUUUAGUCUACCAAAGUUUUCUGUAGAAUUCAAACAUUAGGACAAGUCAUCUUGUUAGACUAUGUUUGACUGAGGUCAAACUGGCUUUUUAGCCAUAACCAAACUAUUUAUGGAAAGGUGCAAAAUUAUAAGUUGCAUUUUACUGCAUUUGAUUGUCAUGCUCAGUAUGGAAGCUCAUGAGAGGGGUGAAUGUAAUGCCUGUGCGUUGUAUUUUCGUAACAGCUUCAGUUGUAUGGUGGUUUGCUUCUGUUCUGUGGCUUUGUGCUGUAUGACACCCAGCUGAUUGUCCACAAGCGCAAGCAAGGAGACAAAGAUUUUGUCUGGUAAGAUCCAGAACUCCAUCAUAGCUUUUUAAUUCUGCUACGUAUGUAUUUGCGUGCUUGUUGAGUAAUAGCUGGUGUUCUUCUAGUGGAACCUCGAUAUAUUAUAAUGAACCUCUAUAUUAUGAAGUCCUCGGUAUAAUGAACUAUUUUUUUUAACCCCAGUGAUAGUAAAAUAUAUGGAAAGAACCUCAUUAUAACGAAACCUUGUUGUAGUGGACAUAAUUAUUUUGCCAGUCCCUUGGCCUUCGCUUUAUCGAGGUUCCACUGUAAUCCUACCAGUUAAGAUUGCUGGUGGAAAAAACUUACAGUAAUCUGUGCCCACCGGGGGAAGGUGUUAAGAAACAAGAAAAAAAUAGUCCCCUGAGAGGACAUGUGCUUACUAGCUAUGGAUAAUCUACUCCAGUAACCAUGAAAAAGUAAAAAAAGAAAGAAAAGAAUCUAUUAAAUUCACUAGAAGAUAUAGGUGAUGUGGGGCAUGGCACCCAUUACCUCUGCUCCCAAUCCUGCUCAUCCUGCUGUACAAGGGUAACACAGACUGUGGCAGAUUGCACUGCCUUGGAGAUUAAAGUGAAAAAAUGUUAAAGCUGUGUGCUAUGAGUUAAUUCAAUUCCAAACAAGCAAAUUAAAUUGUUUAAUAGUUUGUUUCUCUCUGUGUACCUUAAGCAGAAAAAUUAACCCUUAAGGUUGGCAAAGUCCUUGAAAAGGAAAGGCGCCAUCAAGUAUGGAUUGAACGUGGAUAGGCAGAGUGGCCUUUACUCAGAUACAAUGCACAGUAAUCAUAACAUGAAAUGUUACCCUAAACAAGCACAGGAAGGUAGCUACAAAACUUGGAACAAAAGUUUAAUCCUGAAUUAGGCCACUAAUCGGCCUUUCAGAACCAGGCCCAGUAUUCAAAUUAUACAUAGUAAGACUAACAGAAUUUUUCCGUUAUCUCUGAUGUUUAUUGGUGUAAUUUUAAAAAAAAAUGUUUCUUUUCCCUCAAGGCAUUCUGUGGACUUGUUUUUGGACUUCAUUCAGAUUUUUCGCAGGAUCAUGAUUAUUCUUGCCCAAAACAAGGUAUGUUUCUGCUUCAGUUUGCAUUGUCGUCUGAACAAAAAUGUUGUUCCAGAAAAAAUUGUUCAUGUACAUGUAUCAUGGUUUGUACCUUCUUGUAAAGCUCUUGGAUUUCAGUUCCUGUCGUAAAAAGUCCUUGAAAAGCCCCUGAAUAAAUAUGAAUCUUACGUCGUGAAGGAAAGGUCAUGUACUUAAAAUUUAAGACAUUUCAUUUUCACUUCUGUGCAAAUUUUCUUUUUUUAUUAUGGGUGACGAAUUACUCCUAAAUUUUGGCGCGAAAUUUCAGCAUUUAUACUACUACAUGAGAAAUUUCUAGGUUCUAAAAUGUUAUGAAUGUAGAUGUCAGGGCAUUAAAAGACGCUUUGGAAAACCUUAACGCACCAAAGCAAAUGGUAUGCUCGUGAAAUUAUUCCCUAAUUUCACUCUUCACCAUUUGAUUACACAUACGUAUUGAACAAUGCUAAUAAUUAACAAUUAUUCGCCGAAGGCGAAGUUAAUAUUGUUGAAUAAUCCCCGAGACGAAGUCGAGGGGAUUAUUCAACAAUAUUAACUGAGCCUGAGGUGAAUAAUUGUUUUAGUAUAUUCACACGAAGUGAUCUCAACAGAAUCAGAAAGGAAACCAUUAAAAAACGAUUAGUUUGAUUGACGGGUGAAUUCAUGCGUGAACACGAAGCCGUAAACAGUGGAUGCGCAAAAGUUAGAUCUUUACAGUAUCUUCAAACAUGGCAAAUGAUAGUUUUAAUCCUUUUGUAUCGAGUUUUGUAAGCUUUAGCAUCAACGGUUUAAAAGAAAACGCCGAAAAUUUAAAUUACUACCCAAUUCUGAGAAGAAAAGUAUCUAGAGCUUUAUUUGUUUCUGUCAACUCACCGUGAAUGAGAAAGUUUUCUUCGUCGCUUCUUGCAAAUGCUGUCAACAGCGGCUGCGAUCANAAAGUCCUUGAAAAGGAAAGGUGCCAUCAAGUAUGGAUUGAAUGGGAUCUCGAGGCAGAGUGACCUUUACUCAGAUACAAUGUACAGUAAUCAUAACAUGAAAUGUUAUCCUAAACAAGCAUAGGAAGGUAACUACAAAACUUAGAACAAAAUUUUAAUCCUGAAUUAGGCCACUAAUCGGCCUUUCAGAACCGGACCCAGUAUUCAAAUUAUACAUAGUAAGAUUAACAGAAUUUUUCCCUUAUCUCUGAUGUUUAUUGGUGUAAUUUUGAAAAAAUGUUUCUUUUCCCUCAAGGCAUUCCGUGGACUUGUUUUUGGACUUCAUUCAGAUUUUUCGCAGGAUCAUGAUUAUUCUUGCCCAAAACAAGGUAUGUUUCUGCUUCAGUUUGCAUUGUCUUCUGAACAAAAAUGUUGUUUCAGAAAAAAAAUGUUCAUGUACAUGUAUCAUGGUUUGUGCCUUCUUGUAAAGCUCUUGGAUUUCAGCUGCUGUCUUAAAAAGUCCUUGAAAAGCCCCUGAAUAAAUAUGAAUCUUACGUCUUGAAAGAAAGGUCAUGUACUUAAAAUUUAAGACAUUUCAUUUUCACUUCUGUACAAAUUUUCUUUUUUUAUCAUGGGUGACGAAUUACUCCUAGCGUGAAAUUUCAGCAUUUAUACUACUACAUGAGAAACUUCUAGGUUCUAAAAUGUUAUGAAUGUAGAUGUCAGGGAAUUAAAAGACUCUGUGGAAAACCUUAACGCACCAAAGAGCACAUCAAGAAGUUUUCUCACAGGAAUUUUGCCGAGACAUUCUGAAAAUUCUGAACUUAAGCCAAAUUUAAGCUGUAAACUUUUGAGUGCAUGGAGUUCCCCGAUCAAUGCGAUAAAACCAUGAUAAACAUGUCAAAAAUCCGCGAUUGCAAUCGUAAUUCGUCAGCCAUGAUAUUAAUAGGUAAUCAGCAAAUGGUAUGCUCGUGAAAUUAAUCCCUAAUUUCACUCGUCACCAUUUGAUUACACAUACGUAUUGAACAAUGCUAAUAAUUGCUUAUGUUGAGCUUGUUUCAACAUUAAUAAAGGUACCCCAGAGUACCCCACCAUGUGCCUUGUAGUAAAAGGGCAGUUGUUUUUUCCUCAUUUUUCAUUGCAUGUGUUUCUUUGUCAUUCUAUAGAACCUUUGAAAAGUGCUUGAAUUUUCAUUGGCAUUUUUUGUACAAACCAUGAUCUAUAGUAUGUCCCUAACACCAUAGUACUAACUAUGCACACAUACAUUAUUUUGAGUCCAAGACCUCCCCUUCAACCUCAAGAACUUUCGGUCAAACGUUGCAAUUGAAAUGUUCAUUCUAGAGACUCUGCCGCUAUUCACGAUUUCUACUGACCUUCCAUUGGGAGAGAGUUAAGAUAAGGACCUAUGCAAGUAAUGAUUAGGGUAGUAGAGGAGGUACACGUAGUGUGAGUGAGCGUUUAGAGCGCUGGAGUUGGAAUCUGGAGGUCCCUGGUUCAAGUCUUAGCCUGACUGCCAUUGUAGCUGGAUUUGUUCUCGGUAGUCCUGAGUACAAAUACUCCACUACACUAGUAAAAUAACCAACUGGUUCGACUUCUACCUCUUAACCACGUUCUGUUCCAUUUGAAUUUUUUUUUCAUUAUCCCUGAAAGUUAUUUUUUUUUAGUGCGGAAUUGGGCAAGUUAUUAAUCUGAUCAUUAAGUUCGGCCAGUUACUCUCUUAGAGUGGCAAAAUUAUAGGAAAUCUUUCAUGAAAACAUACGUGUCCUUUUUCUCAAUUCUUUGGUAUUUUGUUAGUCCCUCUGUGUUAUUAAUACUGCCAAUGGUGAAUAAGGAAUAAAAGCAGAUGAAACAAGCUGAAAUGAAAAUUCCUCAACAUCACUUAAUAAAAGCUAAUUUAAUUGCAGGAAUCUAAGAAAAGGAAGAACUGA